AUGAGAGUUUUAAAAAUUUGGGACUAUUUCUGCUAUUCGCCGGAGUGGAACGAACCCAUUCCAUAUAAUCACAAGCUAUUUAACGAAUCUUAUUUCCUCGAAAAUGGUCCUAGUUCUAGAUUGUACAAGCGUUCUUUCUACGAUAGCGCAAAAAAAUAUAGAGGGAAUUCUUUUACUCGUUGGUGCGAAAAUAAAUUGCCCAAGGACCACAACCCAAAAAAGAGGAAAUUUAUCAAAACUACGCCAUUAUUGAUUGGAGGUUCCCCACCUAAUUCCGAAGAAGUUAUCGAUGAAUGUCUGAAACAAAUGAUGAAGGAUUUUGGUUUGAACGAUAAAUCUAAGAAUGAUAUUCUAAAAUUGGACUCGAAAUUCAAGUGGCACAUUUACUGCACCUAUAGACAGGAGAAAUGCGAUUUGAUGUAUUUAGCCAGAUCAUAUGUCAACUUAUUAAAGGAAUUUAAGGAAUAUUUGCUUAAAAGUACUUCUGCGAUACAACUAGAGUUAAUAUCCAAAACAUUUGGGUUAUUAAACUCUUUAAUGAUUGAUUUGAGAUGUAAGCCACCAUUUUUCAUUCGCGAAUUGAUAGGUUUAUCAAUCGUGGAUCUAAUUUUCAAUCUGAUCAAUAGUCUGGCUUACCGAUAUUUAUCCUGGACAAACACUUAUUCUGUUCAAAAUUUGGAACGUAGUCAUACCACCAUGAACACUUUUCACGAUAAUUCAAUUUGCUGGCAAAUACUUAUGGUGCAAUAUUUAAUCCAAUGCUUGAAACACGUAACUUGUUCAACUGAAAAAUUAGAUAAAAUGUUCAACAAUCCAAGUCAUAUAGAGCUACUUAUAGCUCUACUAAACGAUGUCAUAUUUUUAUCCGAUGAAUUUUCGACAGGCACCUCAGAAUCUGCGAAAGCAGGCAUUAUAACUUCUACAAACAAUACUUUAUAUACCAACGCUCAUAACUCCUUUGGUUCCGAUAUAGAACCCUUAUCUAUCUCUUUAUCCUUUGAUGCUAUAUUCGAGAAAUUUGAGGAUAAAACUCAUAAAAUUAUGCCUCAAACUAAUAAUGGUUACACUCAAAAAUUAAGUUCUGACAGCGAUUAUUUAAAAUUUCAAAAUUCCUUUUACUCCUUUAAUUGCACGCUCAGAACAAAGGCAUUGAUAUACGAUAUAAUCAACUAUAUGAUUUACCUACCAUAUUACAAAAGGACUGUUCUCAAAUGUUUCGGCAAAAUAAGGAUAAGUCUUAAAUACUCUUCCAGAUUCCAAAAAAUAAUGUGGGAUUUAUCCAACUUAUUGAGGCAGUACAGGCUAAAGUAUUCUUCUAAAUUAGAACAUUUUUCAGCCACCACAAAUAACCAUUCUGAAAUGAAUAAUGGUUCCUGUUUUCCUGCCGAUGAUAAUACAUACAAACAUAAAAAAGAUACUAAUAAUACAAAGGCCCCUAAGAUAAUUAUCAAUAAUUCAACAACGAAGAGACUUAAAAAUUCUAUCUCUAACUUAAAUAUAGGCAGUCUCAAUUUGAUAUCUUCCAUAACAUCUAGUCUACCAAAGAUUUCUCCCUUUAAGAGACUUGGCACACUAUUUUCCAAUUUUUCUCCAUUUUCUUUUACUAUCUCACCCUUCGAUCGUUCUGUUUUCAUAUCUUUCAAUUUUAACGAUCCUAACGACUCAGAUUUCAAAAAAUGUAGAUCGGUUUUCAAAACACCUAAAAUGUCUUUUAAUUCUAAAGAUGUAAUAACACAGCCCGAUAAUUGCAGUUACACCAAUCAUGGUUUAUCAUUGCAAGACAAAAAUUUGGACCACCCAGUGGUAAACGCCUAUGAUAAUACUAAUAUGACAGACGACAAAAACUUACAAAAAAGCGGAGACAAAUUUCAUAUAGAUAAUAGUGAGUCUUUAGCUGUAAUAGAAUUCGUGGCUUCUAUGUUGGCUUUCAUCAACGUUAUGAUUGAUUAUUCGUUUGAUCGAAAGGCUUUGGAAUAUAGAUUACAUAUGCGAAAAGAAUUCACGGAUCUGGGGCUACUAGAUAUAAUUGAAAUGAUCGAAACUAUUCAAGAAGAUGAUAUUAUAACUAAACAUUUGAAGUUUUUUACCGACCUAAAGAGGUUUGAUGACCAUAUUGUCUUCGAAAGCUAUAACAAUAUUCCUUCAAAUGAAGGUCGUAUAGACCAAUUGUUUGAUAAUUUAAAUCACAUAUUAGAACCAACACCUUCCUACAACUAUUUCGAAUCUUUCCUAUACCACGCGGUUUUAAUAUCAAAACAAGAAAAUGUAGACAAAGUUAAAACGUCUUGGAAAAAUGUGGAUCUGUUUAUUCAACAGCUAUCAGCGCAAAAUUUUGCCAUAGAAUUAGAUAAAUCUGUCUUUCAAAUCGAUCAGAAUAAGCUACAAAAUAGUUCAACAAAACAUGAUGAAAUUAAGCGUCGAGAUGAUAAAUUGAUCAAGGAGUUAGAACAACGAUCGGAUGGUUAUCGAAGAGAAUUAGCGACCUUGAAAAUGGAACUCGAACAUUACAUAAUCAAUAAUGACGAGAUGAAGAAGCAUUUAAACGCGUUGAAACGAGAAUAUGAUAAAGAGAUUUUGAAUAGGAUAUAUGUCCAAAAAUCUUUACCUGAACAUAAAGCGGAAAGAAACUGCAAUUACAAUAAUAAUAUAGAUUCAGAUUUCUUAACAAAUGAUUAUUCAAAAAAUUUGAGUGAGGAAGCAAUAUUUUCAAAGACAAAAAAUGACGCGGAACACCAGAAAACGCCAUUAUUACAUCAUAAUUUGUUAUCGAAAGAAUGCGAGUCGGUUAAAAUUGUAAACAGCAUGCCAUCACCCCCGAAAGCACCACCCUUACCUAUUAAUUUGGAAUCCGAACCCAUGAAUAAAAAGUGCAAGAAUAUACCUGCACCAUCUUUACCAAUGAAAUCCCUAAAUUGGAAGGUUUUACCGAUCAAAAAUGUAGAAGGUACUAUAUGGGAGCUCAUGAAUGAAUUCAGUAUAUACGAACAAAUUGAUAUGGAGGAAUUCGAAAAGUUGUUUUCGGCUUAUCAAAAAACACAGCUGAAUGAAGAUAUGGUACUUCAAAAUAUUUAUAAUAAUAACGAUUUAACGAGCCCUAAAACAUCUAUCAUACCAGGAGCCCCUUCGUUAUCUUUGAUAGAAAGUAGAAGAGCUCAAAAUUGUACCAUACUCCUUUCCAAGCUUAAAACAAAUUAUGUGCAAUUAACUAACAACAUUUUGAAUCUGGAUCCUAAUAAUGAGUUGCACAAAGAUAUGUAUGAUCAGUUACUAAGAUUUAUACCUACUUUGGAGGAAAUAUCGAUAUUAAAUGAGCACUCAAACGAAGUCCACAAUUUUGCCAAAGCUGAUUUAUUUUUGUAUCAAAUGUCCAAAAUAUAUCGUUACGAACAAAAAUUGAGGUAUCUAUGUUUCAAGAAAAAAUUUAAGGGAAAACUUCAGGAAUUGGAACAAAAUAUUAUCACAUAUAAUAUGGCAUGUGAAGAAAUUCUCUCCGAAUGCACUAAUAUUUAUUUCCCCCUGAAUCAGGAACAAAAAUGCAAUCCUAAAAUCCUAAAAACGAUUCUGGAGUUAACCCUAGCCCUGGGAAACUAUAUGAACAGAGGAAACCGUAAAAAUAUUUGGGCUUAUUCGCUCGAUAGUUUGAACAACCUAAACGACACUAAGUCUAGCUUUAAUUCUAAUCUCACAUUGCUACAUUAUACGGUGGGAAUAUUGGAAAAAAUCGUUGACCCUGAAACCCUAGAAUUUCACGUAGUUCCUUUGUGGUCGGUUUUGGAAAAAAAUUUGAACCAUAUCAAGCCAGCUUCUAAGAUAAACUUGACUGAAUUGGAAUUAGACAUGAAAAAAUUGGGAAAAGGAUUAUUGGAUAUAAAACAAGAAAUAAAAAUCCAUUCCGAAGCUUUUAAAAAAGAGCCCAAUCUUUUGGAUAUACGAGAUACAUUUAUACCCACCAUGACUGACUUCAUAACUACGUCAGAAGGAUUAUUUUUCCGCACUAAGCACAUGUUUGAAGACAUGAAAAUAAUGCUCAACAAAGUAUUAGUACUUUUUGCGAUUCGCGACGACAUCCAUACUGACCUAAACGCAUCAAAGAAUAAACAGGAUUCAGCAAUUAAUAUCUUCGAAUCUCUUGAUAACUUUAUAGUAUCUUUCAAAGAGGCCUCCUUAGAUCUUAACAAAUAUCUGCUAACUAAUUCCAAAAAAGAGUCCAUCAUAAUUCGACCACUCAAUUUUGUCGAAAAAUUGGAACCGACAAAAAAGGAAGACAUGGUUACCCAAAAAGUAAAAUCUCGAAGUUCGAAAAGCAGUGAUUUAAAUAUAAACCCGUAUAACUUAAAUUCUGGCUAUGAGCUAGAAAAAGUUAACAAAACAGGCCAAAAUAAAUGGUUCUUUAAAAAAGAACAGAUGGAGAAUCGCAAAUUCAAAGAAUUAAUUGAGAAUUUGCCUUCUCAAGUCAAAACCACCAUAAAGCUCCCGAAAUCAACACUGAUGAGACAAUCAAAGCUGUUAGAUCUUUUAAAGACUCUUCCGGAGCCCUCAAAAAAAUACGGAGGUAUUCGUCCAAUUGCUGUUGGGUUGUUCUUCCGAAGGACUGUCUCUAAGAUUAUUGCUUCACGAAUAAAGGAAUCCCUUUCUUCAUUCCUGUCGCCACUUAAAAUAGGGUUUGGUGUUCCUGGAGGCUCUGAAAUUUCCGCUCACCUUGCUCGUUUAACUAUAGCUAACAGUAUACCAGAUGACGUGGUCCUAAAACUGGAUUUCAACAUUGCAUUUAAUACAAUAAAACGCCAACACUUCGUUCCCCUAUUUUGCAACCAAUAUCCCGAAUACUCUACUUACAUCCUCCACAGCUAUUAG